AUGAGUGGAGUAAGGCAAGGAGGUUGGUCGCCUGUUACAGACGAUCUCAAUCAAUGGCUGCAGGUGGAUCUUGGUAGUUAUACUAAAGUAACACGUUUGGCAACACAGGGAAGGGAUGGAUAUGAUGAGUGGGUCACCAAGUAUAGGCUGCGGUACAGUGUCGAUGGGGUAACGUAUCACUUUUACAAAGAAAGAGGAGAAACUUCUUUUAAGGUAAGCCGACCAUCCGAAAAAGGAAAAAUGGCAUGACAAAGGCAUUUGUGAAUAAUAAACGAUGGAUUAUCCAUUUAACAGGUGUCCCUCUUUUCGUCAGGGGGAGGUCGAAAAUCGAGGCAAACUGUUUGCACUAUGCAUGACUAUCGCAAAAUAAGAAAAAAUAUAUAGCCUAUGACGUAACCCACGUUUAGCUAAUCCAUUUCAAGUUGACAAGAAGAUGCGCAAUGCUGAUCAUACUGUUACACAGUAAUCUAUGCUUCCUUUAUUUAUUCACUCGUGUUAAUGUUGUUCGGGCCCUAACCCGAUGCCAGAGAUUGCCACAACCUCUCGUAAGGCUAGACUUGAAGUGUAGCGCACUACCCAGCCAAUUUUGUUGAGUUUGGAUUAUGGGGUGCCAUGACAUGCACUUUUCGCGCUCGAAAAAUCUCUGUCAGAGGUCUGUAAGUAUUUCAUGAUGGAGUAUUAAACCUUAUUUAGACCGGGGGAGGGGUUUAAGCCCCCAUCCCCCCUGCUAUUUAACUUACAGUAUUUUAGGCUUCCUAAGCAUCUUUUUAUACGCAGAUAAAAUUUUCUAUCACGAUUUCCUCGAUUUAUACGGGUUUUAUUAUAAGUAAAAUGGAAUACAUUUAAUUAAUUCAAAAUGGCAGAUCCAAAAUAGCGGAUGGUUGCAGUUUCAUCCUAAAUAAUAAAUGACGUCAUCAUGACAUAGGCCUAGAUACAAAUAUCGCAAAAAAUGUUCUAAAUUUCUUUCUAGAAAUUCUCAUAAAAUUCCUUAAUUUCUUUUGAAUUUAGUCUAAAUUUCUUAAAAAAUCUUCUAAAUUUCUCAGAAAUAUCAUUUUUUUCUAAUGUUAAUUUGACCCAUUUUUGGCUUUAUAUCAAUUAAAGAAAUGAAAAAAAAUAUAUACAUUAUUAUUUGAAUAGCAAAAGAUGUAUAUUGCAGGGCUGGUUUAUUUUAAGGUAUAAUAAGUAAAUAAAAACAUCUAAGCAACUCGAUUUCAUCAAUUUCUGUUUAUUAAUUAAAUAUUGCAAUUUGCCAUAAGUGCUUUGCCAGAACACGGAUCCCAGAACACAGCAAUAAACAGUUAAAGAGUUUAUUGAAUUACAACAUCUUAAAAGACAGUGUUAUCUGACUGUUCUGUAUUUCAAACAACAACUUUUCAAACAAAGUUUUGCGUGCAACUAGGCAUGUUGUUAAUAACAUAAUAAUGAUCAGUCUAACAACUUAAAUAUAUAAGUCCCCUCAUACUUCUUACUUACAUGUAAAUAAUCUCAGCGAUCAUUUACUCGCAGCAUCAAAGAAGUUUCAAUGUAAUCUUCCAGCGCAUCAUGUUGUUGUUCACCAAACAUAGUUGUAAGCAUGGAAAAAGCUCUUUCAGCUGCUGCAGAUGAUGGCUGUACAACUACUAGCUUCUGUAUCGCUGAAGACCACGCUGGUAGUUCUCGAGCUACUGACUUCCACCAGGGCCAAGAAUCUGACAAAGUAUCAAAUUCAUCAGGAAUUUGAGAUGCCUUCACAAUGUAGGUUGGCAGUUCAUCUUUCAGAGACUGAAUGACUUCAUUGUUGCUAAGAAAGGGGACAGCUCUGAUUUGAUCUACUGUUUCAGCAUCUGGUUCUGACACUUUGACAAACUUCGGGCUAAAAAGCUGAGCAGCUUGGAACACUUGGAUAGAACGCGAGACUGUGGCAUCAUUUGCUGAUGUGUUGGUAUAGUAUUCAAAAGCUGGCAUCAAGCAUUCUCUAAAGCCAUAGUUGUACCAUCUUUGCUGUUCUGCAACAUUCAGAGGAAACAGCUGCUGUACCACACCGGUAAGAGUAGGGAAGUUGCGGACUCUGAUAAAUGCCUGCAGCAUUUGAAGCUUCUCAUAGGCAAUCAAAAUCAAUGUUCCAUCACCUUCAAGGGUGUAUGUAGACUUCACAAAUUCCUCCAUUUCCAUCACUGACGCUAGCUCAAUCUUAAGCUUAUUUGUGUUCACAUCAAAUAUCUGGAGUAGUCGUUGUCUUGAGGUCUUUGCAAAAUCUUCAUUGCUCGUUAGAAAAGUUCUGAUAUGCUGCCAUUCUUGAAGCACUACCAUUGCACACUCCCAAUAACUCCACCAUCUUGUAGAAUUGUACCUUGGCAUUAACCAUCAUAUCAGGAUAAAGCACAGACACCGUCUGCAGAGCUUUCGUGUUAACAGAAGCUCUGUCUCUCAUCGCUGCUAAAAAGACUGUUCUCUUGAAUAUUGAUUUUUCUGUGCAACACCUCGAUAAUUAUGCGAGCUAGCUCGUCACCGUUUACAGAACUUUUUAAAAGUCUCAAUCUCACAAGCCUCUGCUUUAUUAUCCAUGAUUCCACAAAACGAACCAGAACAACUAAUGCUUCCCCAUCUCGCGUAGUUCCAUCAAAUAUGAUGGCAACAUCUUUUCCCUUCACUUCUUGGCAAAUGCAUUCGUAUUCUUGUUCGAGGAUGAAAGGAAUAAGUUGUCUCAUGUUCGAACUUGAAGUAAGUGGGUAUCCCACCUCCUCAAAUAGAUCUCUGAAAUAUUCUGCCCUGCUCAAAGGUGUACCACUCUUCAAGAACGCUUUAACAAAUUUCACCCUGAAUAAUCUUGUAGUAGAAGGAAGCGUUUCUCCCUUUGGAUGGUUCUUAUCGUCAUACUUUGCAAUGGCCUUUCUAAUGUCGUCGUCUUUCUUGUCGUUCAGCAACCGCUUUUCUUUGUUCUCCUUGUGUUUUUUGCUUGAAAUAUGAACAUGUAUAUUCUGUUUCUUCAGAGAAACUAGCUCACGACAAGCCGUGCAAAAAAGUCUCCCGUUUGCCUGUGCGGUGAAUGGCUCAUCUUUAAAUUCUUUAGCUCUGUCUUUAGCUGAGAUUGAUUUUGGCUCGCUUUUCGCUGCAGUUAAAUUGGGCGAACUUGACUUUGAUCUUCGGUUUCCUUUUCCAGGGUUGGUUACCAAUUUUCUUUUUCGAGAUAAAUCACUUGCAACAGGCGGUCGUAGGCGUGACAAAACUGAAAUAACCUCGUCUUCUCUUCCUCUUUGUUCUUGUUCACUCGCCUGUUCAAUUUCCACUUCGAUAACUUCCGCCAUGUUGACUGAUUGAUUCCACGUGGCGUCGAAUUAAUUGGUAGGUACUUUGUAUAUGGUGCAUCUUAUUGUACUGCAGAAUAAAUCUGCUGAAUUGGUAGUAUCGCUGGCUCGUAAAAGGACACGAAAUUAAUAGAAACCGUUUUUUUUUUUUUUUGUUCUUAUGAAGUAUCUAUCACUUUUUUUUUCCUAAAUCUCUCAACAUUUUCUAAAUUUCUCGAAAACUUCUAAAUAUCUCAAAAAAUACCGCGAUAUUUGUAUCUAGGCUUAUCAUGACAUCGCUGCUAUUGUUAAAUAUUAUUCUGUGUUAGACAACUUAAAAAUCUAAUCAGACACCUUAUAUAUUCUUUUUUUGCUUUAUGGCCACUUAAUGGGGAAAAAAAUAUGAAAGUUCAGUUCUGCCAAUAAAUUCAACAGUGGCCAAAUUUAUGCUACAGACGAAUUAUCCAUCUCAAAGGGAUCAGCAAUACGUCUAAAAAUAAAUCCGGUGUUUAGGCGAAUUCGUCUUUACUUGAUCGUGCUGACACUCGCAAAUAAUUCGUCUGAAAUGGAUAAUCCGUUCCUAAAUUUAUACCUGGACGGAAAACGAAGAAGUACGUAAAUCUGCUCAGUUUUGACCUGAGGGCGACUGGUAUCUACUCACUUACAUAGACAGAAAAAGCAAUCACUCGCGGCUUGAAAAAAGCUAGCUGUAAGAUGUCAUUGAACAAAUUUUUCAUGGUUAUUAAAUUUUUGGUAUCAUAAUGGUUUUUGAACUAUUGGUUUUUCACUGAAUGUCAAGACUUAGUCAACAUAAUAUUACGCUGAAAUGUUGUUAACUGACACCACUACUCUGAAAUACUGCGAUCUGUUGAUAAAAAGAGCUAUGAAGGCAGUCAUUUUGUGUCUCAUUCAAGAGAUCCUCAAUCCUUUCGGAAAGAUUUCUCUUAACUCGUCUUAAGUCGUCUCUGGGAUUUAUACUUAAACAAAUUACUCGUCAGACGGACGAUUCCGUCUGGACGGAAAAUUCGUCUGUAGUAUAAAUUCGGCCAAUAUGAUGUCAUUGUGUCAAUUGUUAUUCUGUGUAAUUUUAGUGGCCGGAUCAUUAGCGGUUUUAAAGUUAUAGAAGGGGUGCCCUCCGACGCCCCCCUCCAGGUCGCACAAAGCAAAAGAAGCCCGGUCCGAAUAUGGUUAAAGCUAUUAAUACUGCUAACAAGAAUCGAAGUUGUUUUGGAGUCCCGAAAGAACAAUUAAUGAACCUUUAACUUAUGGUAGUUUAGGUUGACAGUUCUAUAAUAUAUUACGUUAACAUACCGCUUGCCCAAAAUAGGUGAUAUGAAAAUGUGCUUUGUUGUCGUUGUUGCCCGGACUCUAUUACGCUUCAUAAAGCGGCCUAACCGGUCCCAACUAUACCACUAUACAAUAAAAAUAACAUUUAUCUGAAUUAAUUUCUCAGUCUUCAUAUUCCACGUUUAGACCUUUCUUUUACUUUUAGAUUUUUCAUGGAAACGAAAACAGCCACACCGUGGUGUAUAACACAUUAAACUCACCAAUCACAGUUCUUUUUGUUCGGUUAUUGCCGGUAGAGUGGCGCAAUCACAUAUGCAUCAGAAUGGAGAUCUAUGGUUGUCCAGGUAACCCAAAUGAUAUCUGCUACUUAACAAUUAUUCCACGAGGGCGCGUUGGAUAUGAGAUGAUAGAUAGCCAACGAGGCGCGUAGCGCCGAGUUGGCUAUAAUCAUCUCAUAUCCAACAAGCGCGAGUGGAAUAAUUGUUUUGUUAAAACGCCCACAAAAACUCGUUGAAUCUCCCUACUCGAACAAACCGGAAAAGACAAGGGACUUCCGCUAUUCACAUGUCACACGUCUAUCAAAACUGUCAACGCGCGAACGCACUCGCCUGGACUGUGUGAAUGAAAAAGCAAAACAUUUAUUUUUAAAAACUCAUGGGGAUUCUAGGAUUUUACACAGCAGGACAGCUAAAAAAGCUGGCAGAUAAUGUGAAGGAAAAGAAUUUAUAAGGGACAACCGUCGAAAUUACUGUGAAUUUGGAUUUUCGGUGCAGUUACAAAAGUAAGAACAACGGAGAAAAACCAUUACCUCGGUCGCUUGUUAUGAAGUUGUUUGAAGCCACAAGCUGGUUUUGCUGAACGAGAAAAGGAGCUAUACUGCCGCCUCGAUUGCUCUAGUGAAUGGCUACAUAGCCUGUAUUUGUAGCUGGUUACUUGUGAUUUAUAUUCUUGAUGUCGGAUAAACAAGCCGCAGUUAUCUAUCGGCGAGUGACUCGAUCAGCGAAUGGCUUCGCGAUCAUGAAGAAACAACACCUGUCUUCUUUCGUAGCUGGUCAAGGUAGUUUAGUUCCAUGUAUUUUCAUGUGUUUUUCGACGAACUUUCAAGCAAGCUCUUGUGGCUUUUUUUGUUUGUUUUUGUCUUUUUUCUUUCGAUGAAAUUGCAUUUCUAGUAUUCUAAGAAAUGAAUUAAAACGAUUUGCUUCUGGCGCCGUUCUAUCCUUUGCGAAAAAAAAUCUCAGCUAGCUUCCAAUUUUAAACUGACGCGUACAUCGACCAUAUAUGAAAAGCAUGGUAUAAUAGCUCAUAUACCAUAACGGCUAAGCCAAUCAAAAUGCUAGAAUUGCAUUAUUCAAUGAUUCAGUUUUUAAUAAAAUCAAUUAUACGAUAUGCUGAAGCUAAGGUUACGCAAAGUAAUAUUGAUAUAUUCAACUACAGACGUAUGGCUAUUUAAUUCAUUGCACGGCUAUAAAUCAAAAUGAACAACGUCUCUUUUUCUAUACUAAGUUGGACAAUAGACUGAUUCUAAAGGACCUAGAUAAAAUUUAGGGGAGUGGUUUCCUUUACAUUGAGGGGGAAUCUUCCUGAAACGAGCACGGUCAAGUAGACUUAGAUACGUUCCUACCACUACUAUUUACACUAAAAAUUUUAUCCCAAACUACAUUUUUCCUAUUCUCUCAAAAAGGUUUACUGAGUCUUAAAUGUUAACGAUUUCAGGAUGCAAAGCCGCGCUUGGUAUGGAGAAUGGUUUAAUCUCUGAUGCUCAAAUAAGCGCCUCUUCAGAGUGGGAUAACAAUCAUGGUGCAGAAAGAGCUAGAUUAAAUGGGAGAAGGAUUAAUCUGAAAAGGGGAGCCUGGAGCUCUCGUUACAAUAUCUUGGGUCAGUGGCUUCAGGUUGAUCUUGAAAAAUAUACCACAGUGACAGGUCUAGCGACUCAAGGCCGGAGUGAUGAGGACCAGUGGGUUACCAAGUACAGGAUGCAGUACAGUGAUGAUGGAGUGAGCUUUUAUUUGUACACAGAACCAGGAGUCGGUCCACAAAAGGUACAGAGUAAAUCAGAAGUAAAUAAAAUUAAUAAAUCCGAUGUUAGCGGUCGAACAUCCAGAAAGGAUGAGGAUAGAGGUUAAAAAGAAAAAAAAUUGAGCAAGAGCAAGAAGCAUUGAGCAAACUAAACUUGCAUGAGGCGCCUCUUCGUGGACACGUUGGUGAGAAGCGAGUUCUCUCACUAUUCCUGCUUCUAGUAGCAACUAUAUAACUAUUAUUUUUUUCCGUUUUGCUACUAAAAAUAUGCAUUUAAAAAAUCUCUUUUUUUUGUGGGAACAAAAUGAAUAAUUUCUACAAACGUUUUUCGAAAUACACACGAACCUGAAUUUCGAUCGGAUUGCGAUCCGAAGCACCACUUUCAAAAAUGAGAUGCUUUUAAUAAGUACUAGGCCGUUUUUAUGACGGAUCGGGAAAUGCUGCGAUACACGCAUUAUGUCCUGUAUAAAUCUGGCUUCCUAGAAUUUUUUUUUUUACAUUCUUAUUGCAAAAAAUUGUGCAGUUAUUUUUACUUUAACUUUUACAUUGUUUGGAUAGUUGUUUGAUGGAAAUUAUGACAGAAACACUAUUGUUCACCAAAAACUGAGCUGGCCAAUCAGAGCGCGCUGCAUACGGAUACUGCCAGAGGCUUGGACCGGACACAUAUCAUUGAGAAUGGAACUCUACGGCUGUCCAGGUAUUUUGGAAUAAGAGUAAUCCCUCCUCUUAAGGACUUGUCGACUCACAGUCCUUACGAUAUAAUGGGAACCGAAUUCGUACACAGGCCAAUAGUAUUCCAGAUAGAAUGUCGCUAGUAAAGAUAUCUAGGACUGGUCGACUAGCGGUCCUUUCACUAUACGUAUAAUGGAAACUCUGGUCGUAUACCUGACAAUAAAGUUGUGGCUAUAAUUUAAAUUUCAGUCAGAAAAAAAAGAAAGGAAAGGGAGAAAGAAAAUUAAGAAACUGAUAUUUUAAUUUCUUUCAAGUCUUUCGUUUAGUCUUUCGUUUAAUCCUUAUCUCUAUGCUAUUAAUGAUCUUUGUUACUGGUAGCUUGUGAAGAUCCUCUUGGAAUGGAAAGUGAGGCAAUUUCCGAUUCUCAAAUAAGCGCAUCGUCACAGUUGGAUGACGACCACUCUGCAGCACGUAGCCGAUUGCACUUCAAAACAGAAAAAAGCAAAGAUGGAGCAUGGUCAGCUCUUAGAAGCGAUGAGCACCAAUGGCUUCAGGUAGAUUUCCGUAGUUAUACUACAGUGACACGUGUUGCGACUCAGGGAAGAUACUACCACAAUGAGUGGGUACUAAACUACACAAUACACUACAGUGACGAUGGAUUGACCUUCCAAGGGUACAAAGAGCCAGAAAACAAUCUCACCAAGGUAAUAAUCUGAAAAGAGAAGCUUUUAAGUCAAUUUCGGUACGUUUCAGUGAUUAUGUGUUAAGGAUCAAGGGUCCUCAAGAUAUUACUCAUCGUUGUAUGCGUAUGAAACAAACGAUAAACGAGCCCUAUCAAUACCAAAAAUAAAGGAUAUUGACAUCAGGGUUCGUUCACAGUCUUAAAAAUCAGCGUCUUCUAUAUUAUAGGAAAUUAACUAUGCACCUUGACAACGCGAAGAAAAUUUACGUUUCACAAAAUUGACGCGAAUUUUCCAAAAGUUAGGUUUACAUACAUCAAGUUAAGGCGAAAUUUUCGAAACAAUGUGCGCCUAACUCUAUUUUACCAUAAUUUGCUGCAAUUCAAACUUCUGAACAUACAUAUCUAAAGGGAAAAAACAGCAUCAUCAAUACGAAGACUAGUCGAAAGACAUUUUGACCUCAAUUCUUAAAGAUGAACUGUGACUCCGAGGCGUUGAUAGAACAACUAUGAGCAGAUGAAGUUUUGUUAUUAAAAUAAAGGUGCUGUAAAACCACAAUGAUGAUGUAAAAUAGUUUGAUUUAAAUUAACAUCGAUGUAAAUUAAGAUGCAUUAAAUUAACGCGAUUUUUUUUAGAUUAAAGCGAUUUUUUUAAAAUCGCGUUAAUAAAGUGGAUCGUCAAUUUCAUAUAAUAAGGUAGAUGAAAUACUACAAUAGGAACGUAACCAGGUCACCAGUGUUUCUUUUGAAUAGCUACACCUCGUGUGUAGAAGAAGACCCACAAAUCAUGAUACCAAUCAAACCAAAAUAACAUAUUAAGCACUUCAACAGUCUAGUAAUGGAAACUGUAGACAAAGUACUCCGACUUUUUGCCAAGCUACUAUGGACAGUAAACGACUUUUUCGAAAAAUAAAUAAGACUGGAUGAAAAAAAGACACACCGGAAGCAAAAAUGUAUCUUAACCAACUUUACCGGUUUGAUUUGUAGCGGCUUUCGGUCUCAACGAUUAUGGCUCCUAUUCAGCCUAGUCCCCAGGCGUUUUCGGCUCGGUCAUUUCUGGACUCUACCAUGAGCUGUGACGUCACGGAGGACAACGGAUCAGGAGAGAACGCCUAGGGACUAGGCUAGCUGCUAUUUUUAGUUUGUAUUUAAUUAUCAUAGCGCGCUAAAACCUCAAAACAGUACGCGUCAACUUCUACGCGAGAAUGUUUUUUUAUCCUCUUCAAAAGUCUUAAUUGACACCAACGGAGAGUCUUAGAUAGUCUUAAAAGAUAAGAUAAAAAUAUUUUUUUUAAUAUUUUUGUUAUAUUGAGACGGAAAACUUCUUCUUUAGUGAAAAUAUUCAUUUGAACACAACCGACAAUUUGAACAGAACAAGACUUUGCAAAAAGAGUAAAUUGCAAACGCCAUAGCGCGCGCAGAUAACAACAGCCUCGUCAUUCGCUCACAAUCUAGCCAAUCAAAAAAGAAAAAAUUGAAUUAAUUUACUUGGCCAGAUCUCGCCUUCAGCCUCGUCAGCAGGAGAUCUGGGUACGAGAUUAUGUUUCCCUGAGGGGAGCUUGGGGAAAAGGUCUAGUGUAACCACGCCAAUUGCCUUUUGCCGUUCUCGUUGCCGUUACCGCCGCCAUUGCCAAGGCUCCGUAAUAUUUUCCUGUAACUUUAUUACUGUGAAUUCUACUUGUUUUUCAGAUUUUUAAUGGAAACAAAGACAGCAACACUGUUGUGUACAACAUUUUGAAACCUCCGAUCACAGCACGUUGUAUUAGAAUCUUGCCGGUGGAGUGGCACAAUCAAAUAUCAUUGAGAAUUGAGAUUUAUGGAUGCCCAGGUAUUCUGAAGUGUGUCUGGAAGUAA